UGGCGCAGGCGCGGAGGCCGCACGUGGCACCGGUGGGACCAUGGCGAGCGGGAAGGAGCGCAAGGAGCACCUGGACCGUGCCCAGGUGAAGAAGGCGGUGGAGGCACUCGUGGCUUUCGCCAGAAGGAAGGCCAGGAAAGCCGCGCUACUCCUCAGCGAGGGCGAGAGCGUCCAUCUYCUGGUGACGGUCUGGAAGGUCCCACGGGAGGCAAAAGUCAUCAGAAUACCACUGCCCCAUGGCAUUCGACCAGAUACAGCUGAGGUUUGCCUGUUCACAAAGGAUGAACCAAAUUUAUCAGCAGAACAGACUGAAAAUCUCUACAAGAAACGUUUAAUCCAGAAUGGGGUCAGAAGUAUUAGCCGGAUUAUCUCAUACAAAACGCUCAAAAAGGAGUAUAAAAUGUUUGAAGCAAAGCGGCGCCUCCUGAACAGUUUUGAUCUCUUUCUGUCUGAUGACCGAAUUAGAAGGCUCUUGCCCUCCCAUCUAGGAAAACAUUUCUAUGAAAAGAAAAAGGCACCUUUAUCUGUAAACCUGAAAGCCAAAAAUCUUGCUAAGGAAAUAGAAAAACAUAUCCAAGGGACAAUACUCCCAGUUAACAACAAAGGGUGCUGUUAUACAACGCGUAUAGGUCACACUGCGAUGAAAGUGGAUGAGAUUCUUGAGAAUAUCAUUGCAGCAGCAAAAGUGAUUGAUGACAAGUUACCUAAGAAAUGGAAAAAUGUAAAAAUUAUUCACCUCAAAACACUUAAAUCAGUUGCACUUCCAAUAUAUACUGCAAAUAUGUCCAGCCUGGAUGAGCUUGACAAACAGCCAUCUCUCAAGAAAAACAAAGUAAAGAAGGCAAAACGCAAGAAAGUGAAGAAGACAGGUAAAAAACAGAAUUCAAAUCCAGUCACUGUGACAAAAGAAAGUAAAGCUGCUGYUGGUACCCAGGAGCCUGUGGUAAAAGAAAAAGUAGAAAUAGUCCAAGAACCAGCUGAUCAAGAUGAUGAGGAAAUUCCACAACUGGUGCCCAUAGAAACAAUGAGCUCAGCUGACCUGAAGAAAAAGGAACCAAGUUCAGAAAAAGGUGACAACUUGGGCAAGAAAACACACCUCCGUAAGAGAAAGAAACAAUCUCUCGUGGACACUCCAAACUCAAWACCUGAGAUUACAGAAGAGUGUGCAGACUUGGAGAUGGCACCAAAAGAGAAAAAAGCCAAGCAGGUCAGAAAGCCAAAGGAAGCAAUGAAAGAAAAAGACACGAAAAAGACUCCAAAAAAACCUGAAGCAAAGUCUUUUGCAACACCUAAAGCUGGCAAGUCAAAACAGUCAGCCAGGAAACCACYGAAGCAGGCACCCAAAAAGGUGGGUGUGCCACAGUCAGCGUGAACGUUGUCUUCUGUAACACAUUUUAUAUCAUUAUUCAGUGGUGUAUUUUCAGUAAACAAAUUUAUUGAUGAAGUAAAAUACCUUCUAUAGAAAUCUGAUCCCAAGAACGUUUUUUUUCACCAAGAUCUGUUAUGAUUCAUUUGUUUCCAUCUAAUUUACAAGCUGGUACAAAUAACCUCACUGUCUUAAUGGCCUCAUCACCUUUUAUCUUGUCCUGGCCCAAACCAAAAAURCUUAAAUAUUUCUUGUGUCAAAGGGCAGAGAGGUCCUGUUCCAGGGAGAAGAGGCUGAGAAGUAUUUUUAUAAGUGAUGUCUUUCAGRAGUAAGAAGCAUGCAUGCCAUGGGCAGCAAUCUACAUGAGAUUUUAAAGGUGAAAUGGCUGCUACUAUUUUUUAAAGAAUUAUUCAAUAUAAUAAAGACAGGUUCMCAUCU